CAGAGAUGAUGGCCUAUAGUGUUGGUGGAACCUUGAUUUCGGGACUACAGGCGUUGAAUCUGUCUUCGGGCACACAAAUUGAACUCCCAUCGAAUCGUACAGAGAGAUGGUCAAGGUACCGCGCACCGAGCUACAGUGCUAUUGUCAAACCUUCUACAGAUGAGGACGUUGCUGCGAUAAUCAAGUACGCCACAAAUACCAAAACUCCAUUUCUUACGACUGGUGGGGGCCAUGGUUUCAGCACCACUCUAGAACGACUGCGUGAUGGUAUCAGCAUCGAUCUGUCUAACUUCCGAGAUGUUGAGCUGGAUACCGUCAGAAAUACAUUGACCAUUGGUGGUGCAGUCCGCUUUGAAGAUGUCAUAGGACCGCUGGGCGAUGGCAAGAAACAACUUCCCAUCGGAUCAGAGAAUUGUGUAGGCAUGGUAGGAGCAGCACUUGGAGGGGGCGUCAGUCGAUACAACGGUCUGCAUGGCAUGUUAUUGGACACGCUUUUGAGCGUUAAAAUGGUUACAGCUUCUGGUGAGAUCAUCUACGUAUCAAAUACUACCAACGCAGAUCUCUUUUGGGGACUACGUGGCGCUGGCUUCCACUUCGGGACGAUUCUGGAGGCAACCUUUUCAGUUUUUGACCAAUCCCCGGAACAGGUGCUGCUUGCAGAUUUUCUCUUUGCACCGAAUGCUAGUAAAACCAUUCUCGAUUAUUACAAGACGUUCGACAAUGUAUUACCGGCAGAGCUGUCCUUUGUCUCGCUCUCACUCAAUGCUCCUACACUUGGUGGGUCGAUUAUUCUUGUCAAUGCCGUGUAUACGGGGCCCCGCGAAGAAGGCGAAAGAUAUCUGCAGCCUCUUUUGCAAGCAUCGCCUUUAAGACAGAAUCUGACCAUGGUUCCCUGGGCAUCCGUCAAUGCUGCUUCAUUCUUCGCGAUUGAGGGUCCGGGGUUUCAUUGCCCAACAGGAAACGUGCACAAUGUCUAUGGCAGUGCCAUCCAUACUUUCGACGUUCCAACAUUUCAGACUUUCUAUGAAAACUACGACGCAUUGAUCCAAUCUCCAGAGCUAGCAGGCACUGUUUACUUUAUCGAGAUGUUCCCGAAACAGGCCGUUGAGCAAGUUCCUCCUGAAGCUACAGCAUAUCCAUGGCGCAACAUCACAACCCACCUGCUAUUUAAUUUCGCAUACAACAUGACUGCGGAACUUGAUGAAAGAAUCAACGCCUUUGCUAGGCAGGCGCGCGACAAUUUCACAGCAGUGAGUGGGUUCGACCCACCGCAAUUAUAUGUUUUAUACGGCCACGGCGAUGAAGAUCCUACCACCCUGUAUUCUGCCGCAAAUUUGCCACGUCUCAGAGACUUGAAGGCCAAGUGGGACCCGUCAAAUGCGUAUGGAUACAAUUAUCCACUACACGAUAUCUGA